CAUGGAGAUAAGAGAAAGUCUUUGGAGUUGUUUUCAAACAAAAACAGCAAUAAGUUAUCUGAUUAGGUAUAUGUUCAGCUUACAGGAUACUGUUAUGAAGAAUAGCUAUAGAUUAUCGUGAUUUAGAUGGUGCUUAUUUAUACGUAUACACAUCUAUUUAUUCAAUUUAGUUGUAUGUAUUAUGGCUUUCAAAUGAUGCACAUUAUAUACAAGUUUCUGAAUACCUACAUCCGAUGGUUUAAUAUUUUCCACAUGAGCUGUUAAUGUAAGAGUUUGAAACGUUAAAUUGUAAUCAUUAUGGAAUAUUAAACCAUGACAAAUGUCAAAUAAAAAAAAACACAUAUAAGGAACAUCUUAACCGAGGAUUAUUUCUGAAAUUGGAAUUGGAGAUAUGAAUAUGAAUGGACAUGCAAACGCUUUUGAAGAAAUGAUGGAUGAGACUUUACCAGACGACGAUGACACGAUCAUCACUGACACACCAGUAGAAACGUUCAAACAACCACUUGAUAUUGGCGAUCCUUACGCCAUUGUGAAAGACAUUGCUCGCUGUCCUCAAAGAGCUAAGAAAAGAUUUAACACAUUCAAGAAAAUCUUAUUUGAAAUAGGGCAUGAAAAGUUGAUUGAGGACUCGGAGAAAGAAAACAGAAAGGGUGAAACUAUCCUGCACACUGUCAUAAAAACGUUCGAUUUUAAGAACGAUGUCGAGAAGAAAGUUGCUCUGAUUCUGAUAGAAAAAUUCCCAAAGUUGCUUCUUCAGGAUAGAUCGAAUUCAGAAUAUGCUGGGCAGACCCCUCUACACAUGGCGGUAUGCAAGGGGAAUGUUUGGCUGGUUGGAAUCAUGAUGAACCAGUUGUCCAAGAAGGAAUACGAGACAUGGAAAGUGACGUUACUGAAGGGGCGAGCCUAUGGCGACAUCUUCAGAAGCACGGUCAUGAUGGGGGAGCUGCCACUGACAAUAGCCGCAUUAACAUUCGACAAAGGAAUGUUUGAUCUGCUCUUGAAUGAGGGUGCUGAAAUUGACGCCAGAAAUGGCAGACAGGGCGAUAACGUGUGUCACUCACUGAUAAGGUACGGAUACUUGUAUCCAGACAAACUGGACGAUGUCGUAGAGAUGUGCCGCAAAAUAACAGAGGACACCACACCGUUCGACAACAGCGAGAGAGCAGUGCGCGGCCGAAAAUUACGCAAGAAAAUAUGGCUGAUGGAAAACAACGAUGGGUUAAAUCCCCUGCAGCUUGCAACUACACAUGGUUUACACCAAGUGUUCUGUCUUGUUAUGGACCUUGAGGCUUACUGCAGCGAGAACUGCCAGGACGGUCUCUUUGACAUCAAGGUCUACGACGUCACCGAAAUCGACGCAAUAUCCUCGAUGCCUAAAGACGAACUUGUAGGGGUGGAUACAAGCAUGAACACGAUUUUAACACCCGAAAACCUCUCAAGAAGAAAACUGUCAGAAAAAGCCGCUCCAUUCAAGAAAUCGAUCCUCAUGAUCCUGAUGCAACUUGACCCUUCGGUUGCUUUCCACUUCAUCAUGUUUCCGCCUAUAAGACGAAUUAUCAACCAAAAAUGGAGGGCAUAUAGGAAGUUCUUUUUCCCACUAUGGCUGUUUCACUUUGCCUUCAUGUGCAUCUUGACCUGGUACGCAGUUGAGGGUUCACAGCAGUCAUACAACGAUGCGAAUGGAACCGGGUUCGACCGUGCCGCUAAACCAAGCUUCAAGAGACCAAUUCCAAAAGAUGGUUUUAUCACGUCGUAUUCGAUCAUAGCUGCGGUGGUUGGGACGCUAUACCUUGCCCAAGACAUUCUUCGGAUCGCAAAGGGCAAGAUGCCCUGGAACUCGUCCAUGUUUUGGAAUCCAUACAGCAAUGGUUGGUUUCGAGUGCUCUUCAUAGUAUUCCCUCUUUGUCUAAUCGUCGAUCUCUUCCCUGCCAUUUGGAGCGACCGAUAUGAACAUUAUUGUCUAAUCUUUGCAACACUGAUUGGCUGGUUUUUGGUCGUAUUUUUCUUGCGCGCCAUUCGCCCCUUCAGCUUCUUCACGGUCCUUAUGCAGAAGGUGUUGAUCGGGGAUGUGUUUCGGUUCUCAGUUAUUCUUGCUCUUGAAAUUUUAGCCUUUUCCACUGCAAUGUACAUGUCACUGCAGGGAUCAGACGCGAUACUUGACGGGGAGUACCAAGAUUUCGGUCGUAUUAUCCUCUCCAUGUUCAAGUUGAUGGUUGGCUUAGGGGACGUCGCGAACGUCUACCAAGCGCGACAUCCUUUUAUUUGCAUCUUGAUAUUUGCUGGGUUCAUUAUAAUGACAACGCUGUUGAUGGUCAACGCUUUGAUUGCAAUGAUGGGGCGCACGUGUGUUGAACUGAUUGAAGAUGUGGGGAAUGUUAGAUCACAUGAUCGCCAUUGCAAACUUCAAAGGCUCUCUGUUAUUUUGUUCAUGGAAAGUAUUCUUCCUAAUUCUUGGAUCCACAAAAUCGGAGUUAAGGACCGCGUCCACCGUUACAGCAACGUGGCAGAUCGAAGGAAAAAGGUCCAAAGGUAUAAGCUUGAAAUACGAUCAGUCCUAAACGAUGACGAGGAUGACGACAAUGAAGAACCAGCUGAGUCCUCGGCGGGAUUUAGAAGCCUCGUUAUCAAAGCGUUAAAGAGCAAGUCAGAUGAAAAACCAACACGACCACUAUCGGGAAUUAGCGAUAAACUAAGGAACUUAUUCAAAAAGGCUUCACGAAAGAGCAGGCAAGACCCACGGGACGUUGCUGAAGAUGUGCAGCCAAAUCAUUUCCAAGUCCAGCCUCCUGUCACUCAAGUGUUUGGUAUGAAUCCCAGUGCGGCGGAGUUUGGUUUUAACGAGGGGUACAGUGCCCCAGGCCAUGGGACUAUUGAUAUCUACCAUAUAAAUAACUGUAGAAAUUGCUCUGUAAGCGACAUUGCCGACGAAAUCCACAUAACAAAUAUUCCACAAGAAAGAUGAGAGUGAUAUGUAAAUGUAUGCGUUGUGUUUCAACAUCGUACUAGUACAUUAUGUUAAUGAGUGUGCGUUUAAUUGGUUUUUGCUGUUCAGAUUAGAAAAAAUAUAGAAAAGGUCACUAUCUAUGUAAAUUUGCCUGUCAUCUAUGUAAACCUACCUGUCAAUCUAUGUGAAUUUGCCUGUCACAGAUUAUAUGUGAUUAUGCCAGUGAAUUUGCCUGUCAAUCUAUGUGAAUUUGAAGGUUAAUCUAUGUGAAUUUGCCUAUCAAUCUAUGUGAAUUUGAAGGUUAAUCUAUGUUAAUUUGCCUGUCAAUCUAUAUGAAUUUGCCUCAAUCUAUGUGAAUUUGCCUGUCAAUCUAUGUAGUUUGCCUGUCAAUCUAUGUGAAUUUGCCUCAGUCUAUGUGAAUAUGCCUGUCAAUAUUUAUGUGAAUUUGUCUAUCAUAAAUAUGAAAAAAGCCUUUCACAAUUACACACUAUAAUAGCAUAUGUUAAUUUAACCAAGAACAUUAUUUAAUCAUUUUCAUGUAUAGUUCUACUCAGUUGAAAAACCCCAAUAACUGAAUAAAUAAUAAACAAGAUUUAAUACAAUUAUUAAAACGGUGACAAUCGGAGACAAUCAAUAUAAGCUCAAAAGUAAACAAUACUGACCACUAAUAUACAUGUAGAAUUAAUAGUUUUAUGGUAAGUUCUGGGGCCAUUGAAAGGCAUAACCAAGAUACAAGGUACAAUAAUCUUUUUUCAAAGUCGGGUAUUUGACAACAGAAAACGUUAGCUCAAUGAGCUAUUUUCAGAAAAUAGCUAUUUCAAUUAAUGCAGAUUUGUUGUUUAUUUCAUAUUAUAUAAUGGCUAAGACAGGCUUAAUAAAUCAGAAGGCUAUUUCAUUCAAAACCGGCCCUUAUAAGAUAACUACAAUAUUCAACGGUAUAUUAUUAAAUACAGGCAUAAGGUUGUUUUGAUAGGCCGUAUUCGUAAAGCUUAUGAAGUCAUUUUCUUACUUAAGUCGAUUUCUUAAAAAAAAUCAUAGUCAUAUUAAAAGAACGUUUUUUUUCAACAUUAAAGUUUGUUUUUUUCAAUAAAGGUCAAUGAAAAAAAUAUUUAGAAAUUCAUAAGUUGCUACGUAUAUGUCAAAGAAAUACAUAAAUUAGGAAAGUGACUUAAGCAUAUAGGUUAAUUAAACUAAAUUUUAACAUAUUAAAGCUUAACUUUGGGAAUAUUGUACACCGCAAUAUAUACAGAUUCAUAUAGAUAGUGACCGAGGUCUUCACAAGGAUUAUAAUGAUUUCAGAAAAAAAUAAUACAUAUGCAGCAACCAUUUAAUUUUGCGCCAAAAUAUGAGAAUCUUUUCAUUCAGAUGUGCGUAUACCUAUUAAGACCCUCCGAUCAAUGAACAACCGACACCAUGGGACCGACUGUUCAAAACAUUGCUUAAGAUAAAAACACUGUUAACAGCAUCGUUGUUAAAAUUAAAAGGUGAAAUAUUUUAUGAUUGAUGUGCUCAUGAAUAUGUUUGAAAAAACAUUUGUCAAAAAUCUUGUUACAAAUACUGUAGAUAACAAGAGUAUCCAUGGAAAUUCCAGUACAUCACGAUGAAUUUAACAAUGAUGUUUACUUUAACCAAGUUCUGGACAACUGGCCAAUUAAUUUGUAAGAUAAAGAAUUUGAGGUAUUGACUUCAAACUUUAUAUUCAGAUAAAUCUUAUUGUUGAGA